AUGGCUCGACGAAAAGCUCGAGCCGCUCGUCGUGCAGCUGCAGCUUUACACACCAAUUCCGACGGUGCAGCUGAUAUCUCAAUCCCCGAUGCUCCCACAGCGACAACAUCCAACAAAACGGACCUAACAACAUCUCUUCCUCCCACCGCACCUCAACUAAUAGCCUCGGAACCCCCACCACCAGGCGGCCAAGCACAAGCCAAACAAGAAGCACAAGCGCAAGCGACAAUUAAUUCCAAAAAGCGCAAAUCAUCAGAUGCACAAUCUGCCCCUACACUAGAAACCACAAUCAUCAAUGGGAUAACCUACAAAAUUCAACCGGAAGGUCAAGCAAAGAUUUUGUUACCACCUGUCGAAGGAGGGAAUACGACCGAAGUGUUCUAUAAUUACAUUCAAAAGUUUAACCGCGAUUUGACAAUGACGGUUACUCGAGGGUUUGGAGAGAUAGUUGAAUCAGAGAGGAAGACUCCCAGGAGACAACAUAGAGGCGGUGGUAAGCAUAAAAAACGACAGCAGGUUGUUGAUACGAAUCUCGAGGGUGGAGUUGGCGAGCAAGGCAAUGGUGUCGAACAGGAAGAUAUUGAUAUGGCCGAACCCGCACCCCAGGCAGACGAAACUAUCCCCCCACCACAGCCACAACAACCGGACAAUGACAAUAAAGGAAAACCAAGAUUCGCCGUCCUAGAUGCUCUAUCAGCCACCGGUCUCAGAGCACUUCGAUACGCCAAGGAACUACCGUUCGUUACCCAUGUCACAGCGAACGACAUGUCCCCCACAGCCGUCGAAUACAUAUAUCGAAACAUCCAAUUCAACGACCUCACCCACAUCAUCACUCCAAACCACGAUAAUGCAACAGGACAUAUGUACCGUACCGCUUUUCCAAAUUACAUUCCUUCUCCGACACCCGAAAAUCCAUUCAAGAUGAGAUUAGUAGCACCCCAGAAGUACCACGUUAUCGAUCUCGAUCCCUACGGCUCUGCUACUCAAUUCAUAGACUCGGCAGUACAGGCUCUAGAAGAUGGUGGAUUAUUAAGCGUUACUUGCACCGACGCUGCCAUCUUUGCCAGUACCAGUUAUCCCGAGAAGACAUUUGCUACUUAUGGUGGGCUACCCGCUAAAGGAGACUUUAGUCACGAAACAGGGUUGAGGAUGGUAUUGAUGAGCAUUGCUACUACAGCGGCAAAGUACGGGCUGUAUAUCGAACCUUUGCUAAGCUUGAGCAUUGACUAUUAUUGCAGAGUCUUCGUAAGGGUUAGGAAAAGUGCGGAGAAUGUUAAGAAGCUGUCGAGCAAAGGGAUGGUCCUGCUCAAUUGUGGUGCUGGAUGCGGAGCAUGGAAAGCUCAAGAGCUGGGGACGUUAAGGGUUCGACAGCAAGACAAGAGGAAAAACAAGCAGCAUAAUACGAAUGAUAUACCUUCGUAUAAAUAUGGUGUCUCACAAGCAGUGGAGAAUGGGAGGUGUGAUCACUGCGGGUUUAAGAUGCAUCUGGCGGGACCGAUGUGGUCGGAUGAAAUCCACAAUGCCGGGUUUAUCAACCACUUACUGUCGAAUGUAUUGGGACAAGAGACGGUGAAGGAGUAUGAAACCCUCGGGAGGGUUAGUGGGAUGCUCAAACUUGCCCUGGGAGAGUUGAUGCCUCCCUCACCACGGGGAGAUGACGCUCCCACCUCUGAGGUCCAACCAGCGGCGACUGAGCCAACGCCGGCCAAUGGACAGCCUGUUAUGGCGGUAAUUAACCCUGAGGGAGGUGAAAAGCCGAACCACCAGCCCUCGUUAAAGAGGAAGUUAAAGCAGAGGGAGGAAGCGGCGGAAAAAGGAGAAAAGGAUGAAGAUGAAGAUGAGGUCAGCAAGACCUCAGGGUCAACAUCUUAUCCCAAAACCCGGAACCCAACGGCCGAUCCGUUGGCAUUAUUCAUAAUGCCGACACAAUUGGCAAGGGUCCUACAUUGCACGGCCCCAUCGGUGUCCGCCUUCCGGGGGGCACUGUUGGGAUUGGGAUACCAUGUUACAAAAUCCCACUGCCGUGCUGGGAGCUUGAAGACCAAUGCUCCCUGGGACCAGAUUUGGAGGGUUAUGAGGGCCUGGGAGAAGUUGAAUCCCGUGAAGGAGGGGAGCGUCACCCCGGGUAUGGCCGGGUACAAGAUAUUGUACCCAGCCGUAACCGGUGGUGAAGAAGAGGAAAAAGAAGAAGAAGACUUUGGAGAUGUUAGGUUUGAUGAGAUGUUGGGGAAGGAUAGGGAGAAGGGGAAGGGGGAUGUUCUGUACCAGCAGAACCCGGGGGCCUAUUGGGGCCCCAUGGCCAAGGCCUCGAAGAAGGGACUGACGGCCGAGGAGUCGAGUAAGCUGGGAAAUGCGGAGAAGGAUAAGAGGAGGAGGGAGGAGAGGGCAAGGAGGCAGUUGGAGAGAGAGAAGGAGGGAGGUGGGGGGUGGGAGGAGCAGAAGGCGAAGAGGAACAAGAGCGGGUUGGAGGAAGUGGUGGAGGAGGGGGAGAAGAAGGAUGUUGCUCGCCCUCAGAAGGGGGGGUCGAGGGAGUCCGAUGGGGCUCAAUAUGGUUUGGCACCCAUAAGUGCCAGUGAGAUGGAGAGGUUAGAGGCGGAGAUGAAAGCUUAG